UGUUCAGUAAACACACGGCAAUAAGAAAGCGGAAAAUUUCUCGUAAAUUUAAUUGAGGCAAAAUGCUCUUGGAGUUCUUAGUAUUACUGACAAUUGGAACAUUGCUCUUCUAUCGUUGGGCUACAAAAAAUUACGAAUUUUUUCUAAAACGUAAUAUAGCCCAUGACAAACCAUUCUUCCUUUUGGGUAGUUUCAAAGACAUGAUGUUGAGAAGGAGAAACAUUCUCGAAAUGGUUUGUGACAUUCAUCAAAGGCAUAAUGGCAUUGUCUAUGGUAUAUUCGAUAAUCGUGAUCCGGUUCUAUUGAUACGCGAACCAGAACUCAUCAAACGCAUUUUGAUCAAAGAUCAUGAGCAUUUCUUUAACCGUCGCAGAUUUCUGGUGGGAGGUCAGGAGAAUAUCAUAGCCAACACUAUAAUUAUGAUGGAAAAUGAUAGAUGGCGUGACAUGAGGAGUACCCUAAGUCCCGCCUUUACCGGCAGCAAAAUGAGACAAAUGUUUCAGCUAACACUGCAAUGUGUAGAUGAGGCCAUGUCCUAUUUGAGGGAGCAACAUGUCAAUGCUGGUGCAGAAGGCUUUGAGUUGGAUGUGAAAGAUUUCACUACACGUCUGACCAAUGACAUUAUAGCCUCGACGGCAUUUGGUUUGCAAAUCAAUUCAUAUCGUGAUAGGGAUAAUGAGUUUUAUAGCAAAGCGCUAAAGGCUGUCAACUUUUCUACACUGCAAUAUAUGAAAAUUCUUUUCAUGAUGUUAAUGCCGAAGGUGGCAGAGUUUUUUAAAUUUGAAUUUUUCGAUCGAUCCUACACUGACUAUUUUAUGCGUUUGGUUUUGGAUGCCAUGAAAUAUCGCCAGGAGCACAACAUACAUCGUCCCGAUAUGAUCAAUCUCUUGAUGGAGGCCAGAGGCAUGAUACCUUCCGAGGCAGCGAAAACACAUUUUCGCCAAUGGUCUGAUAUGGAGGUGGUGGCUCAAUGUUUCAUAUUUUUUCUAGCCGGUUUUGAUACCUCUUCGUCGGUGAUGAAUUUUGCUGCCCAUGAAUUAAUGGAAAAUCCCCAAAUACAACAAAGACUCUACGAAGAAAUCUCUAGGGAAGAUGAAGAGUUGGAGGGGAAAUCCAUAACCUAUGAGGCAUUGCAGAGAAUGCCUUACCUGGAUAUGGUGGUCUCCGAAGUAUUGAGAAAAUGGCCUGUUGCCUUGGCCGUGGAUCGUGUGUGUAACAAGGACUAUGAAUAUGAGUCUCAGGCAACAGGAGAACGCAUUGAAAUCAAAAAAGGCGAUAUGAUACGUGUUGCCAUGGCUGGCAUACAAAGAGAUGCAAAAUAUUAUGAAAAUCCAGAAAUGUUUAAUCCCGAACGCUUUAGCGCUGAGAACAAAUCACAUAUUCAUGCUGGGAUUUAUAUGCCAUUUGGUCUGGGUCCCAGAAAUUGCAUUGGAAAUCGUUUUGCCCUGCUGGAGAUUAAGGCAUUUCUUUAUUAUGUGCUGCGCGAUUAUCGCUUAGAGGCUUCUGCAAAAACCUGCACACCCUUGGAACUGGAUAAGAGCACUCUCCAACUUCGACCUAAGAAUGGUUUUUGGUUGCAACUAAAACCCAGAUUUGCUUAGAAUUGUAUUGUGAAUAAUCAAUAAAGGGACUCAUAUUCUAAAAUAAAUAAAAUUAAGAGAUGUUACAAAUUUUGAAGAACUAUUUUUAAGGAAA